AUGAAGACUAUUUCAGUUGACCCGAGCAGGAACACGCCUCCAAACCGAGACCUUCCACUGCUGACUACGACCCCGGCUGAACUUCCUUCAGCUAAGGUGACGAAGCUUCAUCCUUUCAACCCCGGCGAGGAGAACGCAGCCCUGUUCUUUGUGGGAACAGCCACAACAAUCAUGUCUGUUCACAUCUAUGUUGUAGAGAUUUAUCCGCGUAUACUGAUUCAAGCAGAGAAUGGAGUGGACCCAACUUCCUCCAUACAGGCGACCCUGUCCACCUCGGUCCAGGCGGGCCAAGUGAGCGCCUCACCGACCCAGCUAUCGACCUGCAUGACCUCCCUCGGAUUGAUCUGGUCCUUCUCUCCCAUUAUCACGAGUAGGUCUCAGAGGCUCAAGGUUAUCGAGCGGAUCACUAAGAUUGAUCCUGCCAGGGACCACUUUGAUGACAGGGUCGAGGCUUCCUUGAGACGUGAUCUACCUAUUAUCACUACACCACAUGCAGAGAAGCAUCUCACUUCUAAGCAACAGGACCCGUUUACAUCCGUAUCCGUGCUCAAUCCAUUUGAGCAGAUCAAUGUCAGCAUUCAAGGUACGGAAGGGCCAGGACAGCCCCGACUGCGUGUAGCGGGAAUGCCCGGGAAGCAUGUGCCUUCUAACCGAGUGGUAGAGAAAUUCAACACAGUAGCCAAUGUGUUUCCGCCAACCAACGGCUGGAUGCUUGAGCUAGGCCACGGCAGCACCAACCCUGCAGACUUUUCCUGUGGUUAUCGCAUCUACAUCUCCGGAGACACCCUCAUGUUCGACGAGCUCCGGAGAAUCCCCGAACGAUACGCAGGCCAACCAAUCGACCUGAUGCUCGUCCACCUCGGCGGCAUGACCGUUCCUUCUACCUUGGUAGGAAGACUGAUGGAACCGCUAGCGUUGACGGUGACUAUGGAUGCGGAGCAGAGUCUGUCAUUGAUUCAGUUGAUCCAACCGAACAUCAUCAUCCCGAUUCACUAUGAUGACUACGACGGAUUUAAGCAGCCUCAGACUCUAUAUCGGUCACAAAGUCAACGUCAGAAACCCUUACGGGAUCGACCGACUGUCAACGUUGUCGCCCCUGUCGACUCGUAUCGCAAAAAGGGCCGUGUCGAGCGCAGCGUCUCUGUCAAGGGCAAGCCAAUUUCCUUUCCCAUCUCACAACCCACUUCACCUGGACUUUUCAAUUCAAAGACCUUGAAGGAGUCCGACGAGUUUCUACCGCAUCCCCGGAAUUCCUACGCGGAGAACUCGCCUGAGACACCGCGAUCUCUCACCUACCAACAGGCUUACCGAACUUCCCGACCUUCCCAUCCUGCUCACGCCCAAAGCAACCUUGAGCGGUCACAGCAACCUGUGCAGCCGCUUGAAAUUCAACUUCAGCGGUCUACCGCCGACCCAAUUCGGCUUGAACCGUACGUCGGACUGUCGCCUACCGAUAUUGUCCCCGAAUCACCACGAUACGCGGCGCAACGUCUUCAUCGGGGACAGGCCUUCCCCCUUGCCCAGGAUCCUAUAUUGAAUACCUGGCCCCUAUUCCAGCAGACUCUCGAGCCGCUUUCUCCGUUACAAUCCGUUUAUCCUGACGCCAUGCAGUCUUCCGCGCAGGCAUCACUGAACCAGGGUCAAUUUCAGCCGCUGGACAGACAAAAAUCCGCAGGUUCUCCGCAGCAGAGUCGGAGUCGGCAGGGUAGUGAGUCAACCAAGAUGCCUGAUCCCGGACCCAAUGCACCUUACCGCGAGGAUUCCGGGGAAGUGGACUUGCGGGCAUUAAUUCAGAAACAUGAUGAACUACAGGCCAAGUAUUCCAAGGUGAAACGAUACUACUUUGAAAAAGAUGCGCAGGUUCAGCAUCUCCAGAACACGGUAGCGCACCAACGGAUGGCGGUGUCGCGUACCGUACUCGACGAUAAUGAAUAUGCCAGCCGAUUCCAGCGACUGGAUGGAGCGAUCAAAGAUCUAGCAUUUUCCGUGCGCAAAUUUUGGCACAGCAUUCCCUCCUGGCUUCGUGGCAUGGUCACCGACGAUGCAUUGUCGGUCGGCACGAAAGAAAUGACCGCGGUCGGACGGGCGGUAAUCAGCCGAUGGCUAGUAGAAGAAGCGUUCCAGCGUUAUUUCCAUCCAUCCUUGGAUUCAACCUUUAGUGUGCAGCUGAAGAAUAUCGAAAUGAACCUGCGACGGCAGCGACCGUCAUCCGAAGAAGACCGCGAGAAUGCCUCCGCGAGACUCUCCUAUUGGCGGCGCACGACCUUUGACGGACUGAAUGAUUCUUUAGUCGGACCAGAUGCCCAAAAAAAUCGCGCUGGGCUAGUCGAGCACCUUAUAGUGGAACUCGCUGCCUUUCUGGGAUCCCAGCUGCAUGAAAUCGCGUCGGCAGGGCUAGAAGCAAGCGUGCGCAUGAUCAUUGAGAACUCAGUGAACAUUAUCGAGAAGAUUCCCCUCGAAGCUCGUGACGUCUGCGUCGAUUACUUCCCACCGGGCGUCUCCCUCGUCGAGCAAUAUAUGAAGGUCGAAGGCCAACUACCUGCACUGAGCCACCCACCCCCACCACCCUCGGACCAAGACCAUUUUGAGGAGCCUGCCGCGGCAGAGGGAGAUGGCCCAUCCGGCUCAACCGCUGGAGGUAUGGAGAGUGCUUCCCCGGCCCAGAAAAAGCCCUCGAAGAAGUCCAUCUUUGGCGGGUUGAUAGGCCGCAAGCAUGCCUCGACCGAGAUCAGUCGUCCGGCGCAGGCGCCUGGACCAGCCGAAGACAAGAGCGAUCCUGCAGAGCUAGCUCCGAGCAGCCCACGUAUCCGGUUCGCAUCGUUCUUGGCGGUUGAAGUGCGUGGCAAAGGCCCAGCAACGGUACUGAUCAAGUCACCCGUGUGGCUGGUGGAAUAA